AUGGGGCCGUACUACGAACACAACUUCAAGACCCAGGUGGAGCAGUGUGAGCCCCCCAACCCAGCCAUCAAGAAAGCCAUGUGCGCUCUCAUUGACAACGGCUGUCUGGUACUCUACUACAGACUUAUUUUAUUAUAUUAUUUUCUAUUCUAUUCUAUGGGUAUGACAUGCAAGUGGAGAAUACACAAUCCUGUAGUAGUACUUUCUGUCCAGAAGAGGGCAGACAUGCACUUCUACAGAAGUAGGCCUACGCUGUUGACGCCAAUAGAGUUAGAUAGAGAUUAUGAAACCACAAGAUGGCAGACAAACACCAUCUCCAGAAUCAGAAACAAACAAAUAUAUCACCAGCUUCAUAAUCUAUUAUUUAGUAGUAUUUCAGCUUUGCCCCAUGUGUUUGAUACUGUGAUUGUGGGUCUCAUGUGUUGAUUGGUACUGUCUUGUAGAACCACACAUAUCUUUCCCUUGUGUUGGGGUUCUACUGUAUGUUUUAGGUGUACUUUGGGUGCUGGCUGAUCGAGGGCAGUCCCUAUGUGAUCCUAUUUGACAUGGGGUCAGCAGCCUGGAACCUGGACUGAUGGCAGGGGGAUCUGUGGGACACCUGUGGUAUCGGCCUGCCCGCCCAUGACAGAGAGGCCAACGGCUCACUCAUAUUUGGAUCCCUGGUUGCCUGGUUCUUUAAAGAGGUCAUUUGUCAGCUUGUUAAGGAUGCUGUGAAAAAUACUCUGAAAGAGGUUUAAAGAUUUGUUUAAAGUCAAGAAUAUCUGCUUGAUGUGAAUACCUUAAUGUCAGAUAUCUUUAAAAAUAAAUGAUACAGUAGCCUACUUCUUUUUACUUAAAUCAUAUUCACCCUCUUGGGUAAUAUGAGAUUUCAGAGCUAAUUAUUAGUAAUGAAUUGCUUUAAUUUCUAGUUAACCGACCAGCUUGGAGACUCGCCCAAUGUCCUCGUCCAUUUCCAUGAGUGGCAGGACUUAUUCUCUGUCUUUGUUAUUCAAAUGCCUCACAAAACGUUAUCCUCUUCACAGAGGCAGGUGUUUUUGUUAGAUUUAGUGUUUCUCAUAGUAUCUUCCCUGUGUGUCAGGGAGCUAUGGGUCUGUGUUGUGUUGUGUUUAUGCUGGUGUAUGGUACUGUAAUUGGCCCUCAGGCUAAGUGUAAAAAGGUCAUUGUGGACCUAAAGGUCAUUCACUGGGUAGGCUGGGUAAUUGACAGCAUCUUCUCAUUAUGGAGAGGAAGAGGAAGCCUCCUCAUCACUGGCAGACAGGAGACUCAAGAGAGAUCCUACUUCAAACAUUUGUCAAACUGUUUGAUUGACAGAUGCCCAACGAACUCAAAAUGAAGCCCAUAGCCCCAAUACUAGUUAUUGUAGAUCUCAACAUAUGAGGUUUUAUUCACAGGUUUCAUUCACUAUUCACCUGAUAUUUACUUAGAAUGUGCAUGACAAUAGGUCAUUACACAAUAGUUAUCUCUUAAUAAUGACCUAUUAAUGACUCUUGUGUUGAUUUCUGAUGUGCCCCUGUCAGUUCAACAUAGACCAGGAGGCUGGUGAGAGGCAGAUCUACCAUCGCUACUGUCUGGAGAGAGUUGCUGUCCAUUGUGCCCAUGUCUUUACAACUGUAUCCCAGAUCACUGCUGUAGAGGCUAACCACAGGCUGCACAGGAAACCAGGUGAGGUGGCCAGGGUCCUGUACAUUACGGUCCACUGUACCAAAACCUUUCGAAAUGGAGGAGGUAAUACCUGAAAUUGUCAACUUAUGUCCAAUAAGAAUGCUCUUUUCACGUUUCAAAAUGUUUUCUCCUAUUGAACAAAAAGUGACAGAGCAGGGAUAUUUGAUAUUGAAGUAAGCUGUGUUUCUCUCUAUCUACUGUACAGAUGUGGUGACUCCAAAACGGAUUGAACAUCAAGAAGAUCUCAUCCACGCACGAGUUCCAGAACCUUCACUCCACUAACAAGGGUCGGAAUCAGGAAUUCAUCAGGGGACACUUCUAUGGGUAAUACUUAAGUCCUUAUUACGUUUUCAAGUUUGUUAUCCAAUAUACUGCUAACUAUAUAACUAUUGGCUGUUUUAAAACUAUUAUCCCUUGUUUCUUGUCAGUCAUCUAGACUUCAAUCUGGAGAAAACCCUCUUCUUCUUCAUUGCUGGACAAUAUGAGUUCUCCAACAAGAGAGCUGACAUCUUCCUGGAGUCACUGUCCAGACUUACCUACCUGCUGAGGGUAUGGGCAUCUAAUCAAUACUGCACAUGUACUGGUCUCUCUCAUAACAAAAUGACAGUUUCAUCCUAAAUUCUUCAUCUCAUUUUUUCCCUUCUCUCCCAGGUGCAUAAGAAUGACGUCACAGUGGUGGCGUUCUUCAUCAUGCCAGCCAAGACCAGCAACUUUAACGUGGAGUCACUGAAGGGACAGGCGGUACGCAAACAGCUCUGCUACAUCUCUGCAACCCCAAAAAUGUACACCUCAUGGAGUUCUGCAAAAUGUCUGCAAUGUUAGCACCCAACAUUUUAUGGAAAUAACAUUCUAAUUUGCAUUCUUAGAAAAUUGCCUUGGAACUUGUGUUGCCAACAUGGUUCGCAUUAAUAUGUUACAUCUUAAACAAUUUGUUGAUUAUCUACGUAUAUCUCUCUGACAGGGACACUACUCACACUGUGAAAGAUAAGUUUGGCAAGAGGCUUUCCGAGGCUUUGUUAAAGUAAGUCAAUUUAAAUGUAAGUAAAAAAUACAGAGAACCUGUACUGUAUGUCAUAUCAGUGUAACACCCCUCUAUUUGACAACCCUGCCAUUUAGCCAGGCAAUCCUUAGCAGGCUCUUGUUAUGAAUGAACUAAGGCUUCACUUAGUUCAUUCAUGCGGAUGGUGCGUGACCUUUGGGUCUUCCACAUUACCAACGUGUGGAACGAACUUCCGUGUUAAUGAAGGGCUUGUCCAUGCGGGUUAUAAUGUGAUUACUUGAGUGUUGCCUUACUAACCUGCUGAUGACCUCAUGAUGUCUUCAGAGGAGACAUCCCUGAUAUGAACACCAUCCUGGACAGAGACGACUUCACCACCAUGAAGAGAGCCAUCUAUGCCACACAGGUAGGAGUUGAAGAGACAGAUAAUGUAUGAAAUAUACUCAGGUAAAGGUUAUAGUAUAUCAUAGUUGUAAGAGGUGCAUUAUACACAGUAGUAAAGCCAUAAGGAGUUAGGUUAUCAAGAAUGCUAACAGUCUCCAUAUUGUAGAUUCGGUGAGGUCUACAUUAUGAUUAAAAGACUGGCGUAUAGACAUUUGUAUGGUGAACAUCAAAUAAAACAGAGACAACCAGAGUGGUAGAAAGACAGAGAAAACUGGACAACAAGGUAAUGUAGAGAUGUAUCGUCCAGAGAAUCCCAAUACAUUGUACCCUGCUGUUUUAUGAAAGGAGUAACUUAACAUUGACGUGGUGGGUCAAUGUGAGGUAUGCCCUUGUAAGGUGAUCAAUUCAGAAUGGGACUGGGGGAUUCCUGGUGCUAAAACUAUGAAUGAAUGGUCCCUGCAGUUAUACAGCCCAGCGUGAAUCAUUGAACCGUCAUAACACCAGGCCAUGGGUCAAUAGAUUGGAUGGUGUUGCAGUAUUUAAUAGCAAAGAGCCAAUAGAAAUGGCGUUGUCACUUAGAUUUAUUCAUGUCACGUGUGUAGGCGUAAAAAUUACGACAGGUGUUUGAUUGGUGGACAGAUUGUGGCCGUUGUUACUCUCACUGCCAUUUUUAUUGACCCUGAGUCCCAUUUGUGUUAGAUGUACCAGUACAGAAAUACUUGUCUGUCUGCACUUUUGCUGCAUUCACACAGUGGUUAGAGUGACAAAUGGCUUUGCAUGUCUGCUAAGUUCUUACGCCUCAAAGUUGAUGUGAGAUGUAGCCGCCUGUUCACUUGUGACAUGUUUUUAGCAUUACUGUCUAUUCAGCAACUCUUUUACAUGCACGUUAAUAUCUUCUGAGAUAAAGGCUUGUGUUUCUUUUGAGGGUAAUCCCAAGAGAAGAGAAUCAUUAAAUAUCAUUAGGCCAAUGGUUAGAUACUCUUCUUCAGAUCCAUAUUCCUGAUGUCUACCCGUAAAGGUUAUUAGUCAUGGAUCAGUGACUUAUAGAUGUUGAUACGCGCCAUGUUUACUGCUCAAGGCACGUGCACAAUGAUGACGCAGUCACAACACGUGCACAUGCACGCACGCACACAGACACACACACACACUGUACUCUGUCUGUCUCUCUCUCUGCAGAGACACACCCUUCCUCCAGUGACCACUCACAACAUGCUGGAUGACACCUCUGACCCUAUCCUGGCCAAUGUGAGACGCAUCGGUCUCUUCAACGCUCGCACUGACAGAGUCAAGGUAUGCAGGAUGUUUGUUUGAUGUCCAUGUUUGAUAGUGUUUUGCCUCGUUUAUUGUGUUAAACCAGUUGAAGAAUUGUCUGGAAAAAGCCUGGCAGCCGAGACAUUGACUAUAUAAAAACACCAUAAAGGCUCAUACGUGCUUAUGAUAAGUAAUACCUGUUGCGUUUAUGUGAAGUACUAUCAAAGUGUUCUUUAUUCCGUUACAGCAGUGGUUCCCAAACUGUGGGUCGCUGCAGUGGUCCAGGUGGAUCACGGGAGGACAUUGCCCCCCCCCCCCCCCCAUUUGUUUUAUUUUAUUUUUAGAAAUACAUAUUCGGUAUAGAAAAACGCUUUCAUUGUAAACUUAAAUGACUAAAACCAAAUAGAAAGGAUGUAGAAAAGAUAAUGGACCUAUACAUUUCUCUAUAAUAGCUUAUAAUUUUUGAGAAUUUAAAAUCAACACAAUAAAAGCUAGACAAUCAGGACCACAUUGAUUUUGUUAUAAUGUUUGAGGAUAAGAACACAGCAGUAGCCAUGCCAAAAUGCGUAGAAUUGUAGGAAAUUAGCUUUAAAAUUGCAACAUUUUCUUUCAGCUCCAUGGCAGGAUGUGUGGAAUUGCAGGAGAUUCGCUUUGGAACUGCAACAUUUUCUCUCCGCUGCCACGAUAAUAUAUUUGACUUAUUCUUUGGUCUGUGUAUGUUUUUUCACCACAUAACACUUAUGGUGGGUCGCAGCUCAAAAGACACCUCGAUUGGUGGGUCACAAAGCAAGAACGUUUGGGAACCCCUGUGUUAGAGUAUACUGUAUAUGCCAUCUAGCAGACGCUUUUAUCCUAAGCAAUUUACAGCCAUGAGGUCAUAGAUUUUACGUCCCCCUAUCUUACCAGCACCAUGCUCUACCAACUGAGCUACAGAGGACCCUUAGAGCACACAGUAUAGCCAGUGUAGUACUGAUCUCUAUAUUUUAUUCUAAAUGGUACUAACAGACAUGUUCCCGGAUACACUCAGAUAGUGUUCCACCCAGAGUUCCUGUCCUCCACCAGUCCCCUGCUUCCUAUGGACUAUGAGGAGUUUGUACGAGGCUGUAACCUGGGGGUCUUCCCUUCUUACUACGAGCCCUGGGGACACACACCACGUGACCUGUCACACUUACAAAGCCUGCGAACAUAAACUCCAUCACUUGGGUUUUCUCUGGCAAAUGUUUCUAUCAUUGUUUUUGUGUAUUCCUUCAUGUGUGUGGAGAGUUGUAUGUUGUGUGAGUGUACUAUUAGGUUGUAGUUGUUAUUGCUCCCCAGGUGAGUGUACUGUGAUGGGGAUACCCAGUGUGACCCCCAACCUGUCUGGCUUCGGCUGCUUCAUGGAGGAACAUGUGUCAGACCCCACAGCAUAUGGUAUGUACGUGCAUACAGACCUCUCCAGUUUCAUCACCAAAUCAGUGCACAGUGUGAUUGACCUCUUAUGGAAGAGCUCUGAUAUAUUUUGGGAGUUCCCCGAAACCCAGAAGAACAGAGUGACUCUCUUUUUAUCAGUGAAAUUCUAGCCCUUACUUCCUAUCAGUCAGCAGUUUAGAACAGAAGAAAUACUCUAUUUAUAAUAGAAUGGAAUACUUUAUUCCUGCGUCUCACUGGUCCGUUCCUGUCCCGUUCCUCUCAGGGAUCUACAUAGUGGACCGGUGGUUCCGCUCGGCAGAUGACUCAUGUAACCAGCUGACCCAGUUCAUGUUCGGGUUCUGCCAGCAGUCCAGACGACAGCGCAUCAUCCAGAGGAACCGCACAGAGAGGCUGUCGGACCUGCUGGACUGGAGGUACCUGGGACGAGUGAGUCGCUAUAGGUCCAUGUCCCUGUUUCCCUAAUGGUUUGAAAGGCACAAUGCAACAAAGUUUAGUUUAGGAAACAAAAUACUAUGACCACCAUUGAAACAUACUGAAACUAAUUCCACUGAAUUGCGUACUUUUGGUGCUGGCUUCAUUGUUAUUCUUUGUUAUUUGUAAGAUUUCCUUUUGUAACAUGUAAUAUAAGCAAUGUCCCUUCUUUCCUUAGAGAAGUAUUUUAUUGUUCCUUGUUCAGACUAGUUCAGUUGAUUUGUGAUUAGUUCAGUUGUGUUUUAGUUGUGAUUUAUUUGAUUCAGUUGAUUUAUGUUUGGAAUUCUACAUGCACGCCUGGAGCCUGGCUCUCAGCAGGGCUUUCCCUGACAAGUUCAAGAUGGAGCUGCUGGCCCCGCCACGGGUGAGAUACGGAGGAGAGUCUGUCUUCCUCUGACUCUAUUGAUUAACACUAUAGAUGCGUCAGAGACUCAGAGUUCAUCCAUUCCCUGAGCUUAAAUUGACAACCUAACAUUUUAGUAAAUGACAAGACAUAAUUUUGUAUUUGUCCAAUCUGUUACUACUGUUCUCUAAUCACUGCCCUCUUGAGUAAAACAAUAUCUCCCUGUCUCUCUCCCACUCCCUGUCUCUCUCUCUCUCUCUCUCUGCUCAUUUGUUCAUGGUUUGUAUGAUGUAUGUAUUGUACAGGUACAGUUGCACUGUGGUUUUUCCACAGAAGUGAAUAAUUUGCUCUCCUCUCUCUCUCUCUCUCUCUCUCUCUCUCUCUCUCUCUCUCUCUCUCUCUCUCUCUCUCUCUCUCUCUCUCUCUCUCUCCUCAGACAGAGGGAUUCCGUUACCCCCGCCCCGGCUCUGUGCCCCCUCCCCCUCGGCGUCGGUACACUCCACCCCCCACCACAGUGAUGAGGAGGAGGAUGAUGAAGAGCCGUAUGAUGAAGAUGAGGAGGCGGAGAGGGACAGGCAGAACAUCAAAGCCCCCUUCACUCUGGGUUCCACGCCCGAGGGCAAGAAGACACACCCAGGAGAGUCUGCCAACUGA